CCCUCUUCAACUUGUUAUUAUAUUUUGCUGUCUUUUCAAACAAACAAUCAGCGUCUUUACUGCACAGCAAAUCGGUUAUACCGAUCUAACAAUUUGGUCUGGCCCACUACACAACACCUCCUCUACAGAUGGCGCUACUUCGUUCGGAAUCAAACCCAUAUCUCAACGAGCUCGAUUUUCACUCUACCAGUCCUUCACGCAAGCCUUUGAACCUACCUGCAAAUCCCCCCUUUGAUUCUUACGAGUUCGGUCAUCUCUCUCCUCCAUUCCCCCAUACUCCGUCAUACAAUGGAUCCUAUCAGAACUCUCCCUACUCUGGUCAUUCAGAGCUGAGUUAUGAUCCAGAUGGUUCAGAGGGUUUUGGUCUCUUUGAUGGAGAUACAAGCAAUGUCGCUUCCCGCGAUGAAUAUGACCCCUCCGAGUAUGAUCCACCAAAUUCUUCUGGUUUGCUCAUGUUUCAAGGCGAAUACAUGCCUGACGUUGAUCACAAUUCACUUUCCGUGACCCAUGCGUCUUUCGAUAACCUCUCUCCAAAUGUCUUCGAUCAUAGUUCUCCAUCCAGCAACGGAGGGGGGGAUGAGCCACGCAGUCGUGCUUCUUCAGUAUCUUCCAACCCACAAAUUCCCACGUCGUCCCCACGUCUCGAUAUGGCUCAUUCAUUCGAAAAUCUUCAUUUUGAAUCACCCCAUUGGCAGUCUCAUAAACUCCCCGGAGAUCGUUCCAUGUCACCCCCAAGAAAGCCCCAGUCUCCCCCUCAACUUUUAAUUCCUGAUACUAGUCCAGCCACCCAUUCAUUAUUCCCCCAGGAUCCUCCAAUGAUCAACGCUCCAGACGGUGAUGGUGGUUUUACAUCUAGUGGUCCGCAAUUGCACAUUGUUCCUGCUACACCCAUAAGUGGCGGGGGAGCGGCCUCACAAGCGGUCCCUUUUCAUUCUACCCUGAAAACUCUCCAUCAAGGUUUGCGUCUUACGUCCGUACAGGAUCAACCCAAAAAGCGCCACAGCAACAGGCUGCGACCCCCCCUUGGGAUCAGCAACAAAUUCAGCAUACCGAGGGAUCUCAAUUACUCGGGGUGUCACAACAGGGUGCACAGCAAUUCUCGCACAGCCACUCUUCACAUACACAGGGGCUGUCCACUCUCGGUCCACAUCCAGAUCCUACAAAUACCAGCUUCCUCUUCCCGGGUACAAACCCUCGCAUUCGUAGUAAAUCCGAUACCUCAUCUUCAUUACGUCCAACAUUCUGGGAUCCUUCCCUCAUGACCCACGAGCAACUCAGAGCCAUUAACAGUUCUGCUAUCGACGACAACGGCACCGUCAACCUCAGUGACGUCCUUCCGCAGC